AUGGAGUCCCCGGCUUUCGACGAUAUUGAGAAGGGCGCCGAUGCCCUGCGCACCGUUAAGGAUCUGGCCGCGGGCGCUGCUGGUGGAAUAGCUCAGGUUCUGCUGGGUCAACCUUUCGAUAUCGUCAAGGUGCGCCUGCAAACCACCACCCAAUACUCCAGCGCCGCGGAGUGCGCCAAGCAGAUCUUUAAGACCGAGGGCCCUGCUGCUUUCUACAAAGGAACUCUGACUCCUCUUAUUGGUAUCGGUGCCUGCGUGAGUGUCCAGUUCGGUGCUUUCCACGAGGCCCGCCGUCGCCUGGAGGCCUUGAACCAGAAGAAGUACGCCGAUGGUUCCCUCUCUUAUCUCCAAUACUACAUGGCCGGUUCGUUCGCCGGUGUGACCAACUCCGUCCUGUCCGGUCCCAUCGAGCACGUGCGUAUCCGUCUGCAGGCCCAGCCUCACGGUGCCGGUCGUUUGUACGAUGGCCCGAUCGACUGCAUUCGCAAACUCUCCUCGCACAAUGGCGCUAUGCGCGGUCUCUACCGCGGCCAGGCCGUCACCAUCCUGCGUGAGGCCCAGGCCUACGGUUCUUGGUUCAUGGCCUUCGAGUACAUGAUGAACCAGGAUGCCAAGCGCAACAACAUCAAACGUGAGGAUAUUUCCGCACUCAAGGUCGCCACCUACGGUGGUCUGGCUGGUGAGGCUCUCUGGUUGUCCAGCUACCCCUUCGAUGUGAUCAAGAGUAAGAUGCAGACCGAUGGAUUCGGCGCCACCCAGAAGUACAGCAGCAUGCGCGACUGCUUCGCUAAGACCUACGCUAUCGAGGGACUGGGUGGUUUCUGGAAGGGCAUUGCGCCCACCCUGCUGAGGGCUAUGCCUGUCUCUGCCGGAACUUUCGUUGUUGUCGAGCUCGCCAUGAAGGCCCUUGCAUAG